UGUCUGCACAGUUCAAACAUGCCAGUUACUAUUUCACUGUUUCUCAACUCCUGAUUGUCUUCAUGGACAGGCUGCUAUUUUAUGUCGCUGUUAUCUGGGGAGCUGCUUCAUACAGCUAUGUUGGGACAUCUGGAUCAGUGUUAAAGACAGUCAAAGCAGGAGACAACAUCACUCUCUACUGUGACUGCCAAAUUUCUACUGGAGUAUUCAUAAUGUGGUACAGGAACUGCUCUCAUGAAAACCAACCUUCUCUCAUUAUUAGAACCAAAUUUGAACAUGGAUUUUACUCUGGAGUCAAAGACUUUUUGAAUCCUGUCCCUCGAUUGCACUUUGUGAAGAACCAGUCCUCUGAAUCCUACGACCUGCUAAUUCAGAACAUCACCGGGUCAGAGGAGGGACUGUAUUACUGUGGAACUGAACAGCAGAAUGUAGAAGAUAAAGAUAAAAUUACUCAUGGACGCAUUUACAGUUAUGGAAAUGUCACAAGGAUUAUGAUAAACUCCAGUGUCCAAGUCUCCAAUCACCAUGAAACUUGUGUGGACUGUGGCAUGUGCUGGAUUCUUCUUUUCUCUCUGUGUCCAACUUUUGCAGUUCUCUCCUCUCUGUUCUCAUUUCUACUGGGUCAUCACUGCUGUCUGAAAAAAGCUGAACAAGUUGAUGAGAAAAUUGCCAACUCCAGACACCAAACAAGAGGAAACCAGGAUGAAGAUGUGUGCUAUGCUGCCCUGGAAAUCCGAACCCCAUCACAGAGACUAAGGAAAAAGAAAACACAGAGUUCUGACUUCAGCACCUACUCUGCGAUCCGUACCUCAAGGAUAUAAUAGGCUGUAGGAUUUAAAUUAGAAAAUUGUAUAGUGAACUUAGUGGUGAAAGUGCAUACUCAUACUGCUGUAUUCAUUUAAGAAGCCAUCACUGUUGUACCUCAGCAAAAAAAAAAAAGGCUUACUAAAAGCUUAAUAAUUUCAACCAGUAUAUGACCCACUACCAGCUUCAUCAUCUCUUAGAGUAAUUAAA